CGAUCCUUGCUGCGAACCUGGAAGCUUACACAGUUACUGUCACCUCUCAAGCCUCACCCGCAGAUGGUGAUAACAACAGAUUGGAGCCCGCCGCGUCCAAGGGAUGCACGCCUGGACGCAUGCAGCUAGUAAGGCGGGGAAGUUGAGACAUGGGCUUGCAGCCGUUGACGCCGGCAUACACCGGCAUCCACGGAGUCAAGGACCCCGACACACCUCCAGAGAAUGCCGUGGAAGGUUCAAGGUGAAGCUCAGGGUGACUUUUCUCAAGUGGUCAUUGACGGUGAAGCAAGGAGAGAAAGAUGAAGGCGCAGCGAGUGGAAUCAGGGGGGUUACAGACUGUUCAAGCUUCCUGUCCAUCCGAAAUUCAGAUAGCUGACGUCUUUUCUCAUCGUUCCUUCAGCCGGUCUGGUCUGGUCUGCACUGCCGAGCAUGGAACAACAAACCCAUGGGAGCCGCAUGAAACCUACAUUAGCCUGGCAUGGGAUGACAAAGCUAUGGUUGUUGUCGGCUAUCUCUGUCGGAGCCAGGUUGUCCCUGUUUUCCUCCGUCCGAAGGUUCAUGACAUGGAAUGGGAGGGGCAAAAUGGUGCAGUUCAUGAGCCUCCGAGUCGGCACACAUCGCGUAAGCGUACGUCGAUGAGGUCAACCAAGUUGGGUCCUCGACCUACGCCAGGGCGUGUAAGUGGCUCUGAUACAUUAUUUUAUCGGACGCAUCCCUUGGGAUGGAUGUCUGGGUGUUUUGAUCUCUUCGCUCUGUUUUCAUCUCGUGUUUAUUUUUAUUCCAUCGCGAACUCCAAUAAUUUAAACCAGCUAGAGCUAGUUGAGGAUUACCCCGUGGUACCCUGUCUAUGCAUCUUCUCAUCAUGGACCGUGACGUGUGCUACUGCGCCAGUUUUUAUGUACGUGGACCAGAGCAAAUCAGUUCUUUGAUCUUCUGCUGACGGCCGUUCUUGAUGCCAUGAGUCCGCCGUCAAAUGCACGAAUACUGUGGGCAAAUUCGGUGAGCGAUGUAUUCUAUGCAAGGUCAUGGAUCCACGCGGAAAGUCACUCAAGGAAGGGCUGCUCCCUGACCACAUCCUCUACCUGAAUCCUCACUCCCGGGAUGACGAAGAUCGAGAGGAGCAACCGGGAAGCAGCCCCAGUGCCGCUCGACGACCGUCCUGGCUUUUUGGUGGACUGUCUUUGCCUUUGUCGAGAAGGUCAACGCAGGAAGGUUCCAUGUGGAAGGCCGCAAAGGUCAAUCCUA